AUGAACCAAAUACGCGCCAUUCAAGCGCUCAAUAAAAAGGAGCUUGAAAACGGGAUCCCCCCCUCUGCCUCCUGGCAUACCGACUAUCGCGACACAGCCUUCGUCUACUUUGGCGGCCUUCCCUACGAGCUCACCGAAGGCGACGUCAUCACCAUCUUCAGCCAGUACGGCGAGCCGACCUUUCUCAAGCUCGUCCGCGACAAGGAAACAGGUAAAUCAAAGGGCUUUGGGUGGCUCAAGUACGAAGACCAGCGGAGCACCGACUUGGCGGUGGAUAACCUGGGGGGCGCGGAGAUUGCGGGGAGGCUGAUCAGGGUUGAUCAUGCGCGGUACAAGGCGAGGGACGAUGAGGACUUGGAGGAGUGCAAGGUUGGGUGGGAGGAUGUCAUGAGGCGGGAGAGGUUGGAGAAGGGCCUGCCGAGUGAGGAUGAGGACGGUACGGAUGAGGAUGAGGACGACAAGCCCAGGAGGGCGAUGCUCAAGGAGGAGAGGGAAUUGCAGCUGCUUAUUCAGGAUCACGACGAUGACGACCCGAUGAAGGAUUUUUUGAUUGAGGAGAAGAAAAAGGAGGUGGAUGAGGCCCUAAGGAGGGAGAAGAAGAAGGAGGAGAAACAUAACCGGAAACACAGGGAGCGUAGAGAGAAGGACAAGGAUAGGGAGCAUCGCCACCGCUCGCACAAAUCCAAGCGUGAUGAGGAUGAUCGGGAGGACAGACACCAGGACCGCAGGCAAGAACGCAUCGAGGACGACCCAGACCGGAAGCGCCGAAGAGAUAUGUCACCCUCUGGUGGGAACGACAAAGAGAAGGACCGUGAUAGUAGGAGGGAUGGCCAUCGGGACGAAGCACGUCGCAUCAGUGACCGGCGUGAUAGAGACGUCAGACGCGACAGAGAUGUCAGGCGCGACAGAGAUGACAGGCGGGAUAGAGAUGACAGGCGGGAUAGAGACGACGGGCGUGAUCGAGAUGACCGGCCCGACCGAGGCCGAGACAGGGCCGAUGAGCGCCGUCCCAGAGACGAUCGAGGAGAUGGUGAUGAUCGAAGAAAGGACCGUGACAGGCGUCAUCGUGAUGAUGACGACCGCAGACGGCGCAGGAGUCGGAGCAGAUCCCCACGCCCGGGUAGAGAUUGA